ACCGAUUCAGUGUCAUAUACAAACACCGACAUGUCUCUUUGGCAUGCUGAAGAGCUGGAUCACAUUCGUCAUAUCAGUUUACUUCCCAUACACAUCGCUAGCCAGAUUGCUGUCUGGCUCGCGCGAGAUAACGCACAGGAAAAAAGCAUCUUGGGCAUCUAGUCUACUAGCUCGCCCAAGGUUCAUUCGAGAACAAACGUACAUCACCCUGUAUAAUAUGUAAGAUUUUAUGAUAAUCGAUUCGAAAAAGCUAAAGUAUGUGUGUAGCUUAAGAUUGUUCUCAAGCGGCACGCCAAUUCCUGGCGCAUGCGCUUGAGAAACGUGAAUUCAAC